ACGAGGAAUUAAAACUUCUUACACUGUUUCACUAUGGGUCGAAAAGUGACUUUAGCGACUUGCUCUUUAAAUCAAUGGGCUCUAGAUUUUGACGGGAAUCUAUCAAGGAUACUGAGAAGUAUUGAGGAGGCUAAGUCCAAAGGAGCCAAGUACAGACUGGGACCAGAAUUAGAAAUUUGUGGAUAUGGCUGUGCUGAUCAUUUCUAUGAGUCAGACACCCUUCUUCAUUGCUUUCAAGUCCUAAAAGAGCUUUUAGAGUCACCUGUGACUGAGGACAUCAUCUGUGAUGUUGGCAUGCCUGUUAUGCAUCACAAUGUUCGCUACAACUGCAGGGUCAUUUUUCUGAACAAGAAGAUAUUAUUAAUUCGGCCUAAAAUGCUUCUGGCAAAUAAUGGCAACAACAGGGAAUUUCGCUGGUUUUCAGCUUGGAGUCAGCCCAGGCAUGUAGAGGAGUACUUUUUGCCUCGGAUCAUACAGGAUGUGACCGGGCAGACGACAGUGCCAUUUGGUGACGGGGUCCUCUCCACUAAAGACACCUGCCUUGGAAGUGAGAUGUGUGCUGAGCUGUGGAGCCCCAGGAGCUCUCACAUUGACAUGGGUUUGGAUGGAAUAGAGAUCUUUACCAACUCCUCAGCUAGCUACCAUGAGUUGCGUAAAGCUGACCACAGAGUCAACCUGGUCAAAUCAGCCACCACUAAGAGUGGGGGGAUCUAUCUCUUUGCCAAUCAGAAGGGUUGUGAUGGAGACCGUCUGUACUAUGAUGGUUGUGCUAUGAUAGCCAUUAAUGGAGACAUUGUUGCCCAGGGAACACAGUUCUCCCUUGAAGAUGUGGAGGUUAUCACAGCCACUCUUGAUCUGGAGGAUGUGCGUAGUUAUCGUGGAGAGCAAUGUCACCCACACAUGCAUUAUGAUCACAAAUCUUUUCAAAGGAUCAAGGUGGACUUUUCCCUCUCAGACUGUGAGGACGUCUCCCUGCCCCCCCACCAGCCAAUAGAAUGGCAGUUCCACACACCAGAAGAAGAGAUCAGUCUAGGUCCCGCAUGCUGGUUAUGGGACUACUUGAGAAGGAGUGGUCAAGCUGGUUUUCUCCUUCCCCUCAGUGGUGGAGUGGAUAGCUCCUCCACAGCCUGUAUUGUGUACUCCAUGUGUGUGCAGGUCUGCAAGGCCAUCAGAGAUGGAAACUCUCAGGUUCUGGAGGAUGUUCAGAGGGUGGUGAGCGAUGUGACGUACAGACCUGAGGACCCACGGGAGCUGUGUGGACGCCUCUUCACCACAUGCUACAUGGCCAGUGAGAACUCCUCUGAGGACACACGUAACCGAGCCAAAGAACUGGCCACCCAGAUCGGCAGCAAUCACCUGAAUAUCAACAUUGACCUGGCAGUGAAAGGCAUGUUGAGUAUCUUUUCCAUGGUGACUGGAAAGAUGCCCCAGUUCCGUGCCAGUGGGGGAAGCAGCAGGGAGAACCUGGCCCUACAAAACAUCCAGGCACGUAUCAGGAUGGUCCUGGCCUACCUCUUUGCCCAACUUUGCUUAUGGGCUCAGGGUAAACCAGGAGGCCUGCUGGUUCUUGGCUCUGCCAAUGUAGAUGAGAGUUUGACUGGAUACUUCACUAAGUAUGACUGCUCCAGUGCUGACAUUAACCCUAUCGGAGGAGUCAGUAAGAUGGAUCUGAAGAGCUUCUUGCAGUACUGUAUAGACCAUUUCCAGCUCAGUGCUCUGAAGAGUAUCAUGGCAGCUCCUCCCACUGCAGAGCUAGAGCCCCUGACAGACGGACAGGUGUCCCAGACUGAUGAGUCCGAUAUGGGGAUGACCUACUCGGAGCUGUCUGUGAUUGGCAGGCUCAGGAAGAUCUCCAAGUGUGGCCCGUACAGCAUGUUCUGCAAACUCAUUCACAUGUGGAGGGAGACAUGCUCACCCUCACAGGUUGCUAUGAAAGUGAAGCACUUCUUCAGGAUGUAUUCAGUCAACAGACACAAAAUGACAACAGUGACACCUUCUUACCAUGCUGAGAGCUACGGCCCUGAUGAUAACCGCUUUGACCUCCGACCUUUCCUCUACAACACACUGUGGUCCUGGCAGUUCCGUUGCAUUGAUAAUCAGCUGCCUGCCAUGGAAUCUGACCAGAGUUAAUGGUCUCACUGAGAAAAGUUGUGCCAAGGAUUCUGCUCUGUGGAUACAGUAACAGCUCAGAGUGUUCCUGAAUGUUCUCUUAAUACUCUAAUUAUGCUCAUAU